GACCAUCCCUKUGUGGGAGCACCGGGCCCAUCCCUGUGCCAGCCACUGACAGGAUUUUGUCUCUGGCAGGAUCAGGGUCAGAGCUGGAGGACAAUGGGAAGAGCRGCAGCAAGAAACUGGACACCAUGACCCUGAUUAAGGAAGACAUGGACAUCUUCGGGCACUGCCCUGCGCACGACGAGUUCUACCUGGUGGUCUGCAACCACUGCAGCCAGGUGGUGAAGCCCCAGGCCUUCCAGAAGCACUGUGAACGCCGGCACGGCCCCCUCAGCAAGCUCUAUGCCCGUGCCACCGCGUGCCACGUCGCCGUGAACGGGCAGCCGGUGCCCGGUGGGACCCCCGGCGCGGCCAAAGCGCUGCAGGAGAAGCAUCCCGGAGGCCGAGGGAGAGCCCAGCCCCUUCCCGAGCACACGGACAAGGACAGCAACCUCUGCUUGUUCGUGCCCGUGGUGAACCUGGAGAAGAUUCCCAGCAUUCCCAAACCGGACGGGCACGGGAUCAAGGUGCCCCCCAAAGCCGUCCCCACCAACUCCAAGGAAUCCCUGGGGAAACCYGCGGCUGCCGCGGUGCCCAAAGAGCCCCCGGUGCCGGCCGGGGUCGGGGGGGAUUCGGCGAUGCCGGAGAGCAUCCCCGCUCCGGGGGACAAGGAUGUGGGAGCCCCCAAACCGCCCCCCAGGUCCCACAGGAAGCUGGCGCGUAAGGAGUGUGACCUGAACCGGCAGUGUGGGGUGCGGAACCCCGACACCAACAAGCUCUGCACCCGCCUGCUGACCUGCAAGAUCCACUCGGUUCACCAGCGCCGGGAGGUGCAGGGCCGGGCCAAGGACUUYGAUGUGCUGGUGGCCGAGCUCAAGGCCAGCACCCGCCGAGGGGACCCCCCAAAAGACAGGAGCCCCCCCGAAAAGGACCCRCUGCACCCUGCCCUGCAGGACCCCCCCUCACUGCUGCAGCCCCCCAGUACCCCUCCCUGCCGAGCCAGGCUGCCCCACUGCCUGCACCCCCCCAGGGCCCAACUUUCCUCUGACAGUGACCCAGAGGAUGCUCCGGCCACCUCUGGGGGGGAGGGGAGCACAGUAGGCUUCCCCCUCCCUCUGCCCAAGGUGGGCAGCCGUGUGUCCAGCGAGGAGAGCGAGGAGGAAGGGGGCGAGGAGCCCCCCCGGACCCCAAUGCGCCCACCACGGCCCCAGGCGUUCUGCACCUUCGGGAGCCGCCUGGUCACCCCCGGCUGUUACGUGUUCGACCGGCGGCUGGACCGGUUCUGUGCCGCGCUGGGCUCCAUGCUGGAGCGGCACCUCAGCGCCCACCGCUGGAGGAAGAUCCCUCCAGCCGUCGUUCCCCCUCUUCACCUCCCCGCAGCCCCCCCCAGCCCCGCCGCCCCCCUUUACGGCCCCGCGGCCCCCUCCCCACCCCUGCGGAGCCUCUCAGCGGCCGGGGGGUGCCGGGUCCCCACCAGCCUCACCUACACCGUGGGGUCCCCGCCCGCGGCCGCCGCCUGCAGCCAGCCCGAGUGCGGRGGAGGGGGCACGCAGUCCAUCACCUCCCCCCUCCCCGCCAACACGCCCUCGCCCUCCUUCAGCAAACUGCCCCCCAGCAAGGCCAGCAAAUCCCCCCGGGCGCGGGAGGCGUCCGGCGGGAUGGACACGGACCCCCGGCCUUGGCAGCCCCCGCUGACGGCCGGCAGCCCCCCGUACAAACGGACCUGUUUGGGGGACAGCGUUAAGGGCAAAAGCCAGGCCUUGGCUCCCCCCGGCAAGACGAAACUCACCCCCCCGGCUCCGCCCUCCAUCGCCCUCCUCAACGGGACCCCGCGGGUGCGCCGGCCGCCCCCCGCCCAGAGCUGCCGCGGYCCCCCCGCCGCCCUGGACCCCCAAACAUCGCCGCUGCACGGGCUGGGGGGGCCCCCCCGGGGGCUCUCCGACGAUGAGGUGAAGAAGCGCAAGAACGCGGCCACCUACUGCCGACCCCUGAAGCCCAAAGCCGCGCCCCCCCUGCCCGGCCCCCCGGCCCCUCCUGGCUCCGGCACCUCCGGCUCGGGGGGCUCCGUCCGCAGGAAGAAGCCGGGGACGCCCCUGGGUUUCGAGGAGAAGAGGAGCGUCCUGAAGGAAACGCCAGAAAACCGAUGAAAGGGAGAAAAAAAACAUCCCAAGGAAACAAGAAGGAAAAUCCCAAACUUCCAGAAAAUACCUCAAAACUCUCAGUUCUGUUCUCUUGCUGCUAAACCAGCCCCGGGACAGGGGGGGGUCGGCACUGGGGACCCACUCGGACCUCCCGGGGCCCCGUCGGCCGCGGAUAUUUAUAAGAAACGGUUGUUGCUGUUUUUGUUCUUUUUGUAAAAAAAAAA